AGUGCAGCGGGAGGAGUGUGUGCGCUGCGCGGAGCAGAACGGUGCGGUAGAUCGGUGAAGAUGGCGGAGACUGUGCGUCCUCUCGGUGAGCGCCGGGCGCAGAGUGAAGCAGACGGUGGGAAAACUGCUCUGUCGUUACAAGGUCGAGGAUAUGGGAGAAAACGGAAGGGGACCCCUGUCAAAGUGUUCGUGCCUGACUCCGGGGAAGGAGCAGGGCAAGGUAAAGGAGCUGCAGACAGAGUGGCAAUAGUGGACAAAAAGAACCUCCCUCAAAAACUUAAUAAAGUCUCCCGUGGGUCCAAGUCCAGUUCUGGCUUCACACCGGCUCCACUCCCCACCACAGAUGCAGGACCUGCUCAGACCCCUCCACACCCCUCUUCCCCCAGACACAGCCCUCCCCCUGCCCCCAACUGUCGGAUCCGGGAGGUCCACUGCGCCAAUCAGGUCCGUCUUGUAGUUAUCGCCAUUCGGGACAUCGCCAUGGGUGAGGAGAUCACAGUGGACUACAGCCUCAUCGAGUGGGGAGAAAACCUGGGAUUCAGAGGAGGUUUGUCCCCAGCACAACUUGAGUACACUGCGGAGACAGAGAACAACAACAAAAUCAAAAAGGAGGAUGAACCUCUCCCUCUGACUGUACCACACCAGGACCAGCAGCAGGUCUACGUCACCCCCUCCUGGUCCCUGUCCCCGUCGGCCUCACCCUCUGAGCGAGAGGAAGACAACCCCAGCCCACAAGGAUCCACACCCCCCCUCCGUAAAAAGCCUCGGACAACCUCAAAGAAAAAGACCCCCCAUCGGACAUCACCGGGGCGCGCUCAGCAAAUCACACCCAGCUUUGACCAUCAUGACCAGUCCAUUCCUUCAUCUGAUCCACCUCCACUGCAGCUGCCUUCAUCUCCCUCCUCCUCUUCUUCAGCUAAACCAGUGUUCAAACCCGCCGCAGACUGCAUCACCCAAACCUGUGAGUUCUGCGGGCGCCAUUUUCGCUCCUUGGGUCGCCACUUGGACAAGCAUCAUGCACACCAGCCUGACGUGUGCUCCGCCCUGGUGGAGAGAUACACGCAGAUGCCCCGCUUACAAGCCCAAAGCCCCCACCCCAAUUCACCCCACUCUCAUUUACCCCUCCAAGCGAACUCACCAGAGGAUUCUCAAGUCCAGGAUCUGUCUCUGAGUCCACCCAGUCUCACAGCAGUCCAUCAUUCACCUCCACUGUCCCCUUCUCCAUCGCAGAGCAGAGUGGUUCUUUCUGUUUACACACACAGCCCGCCGCCUGCAGCUGUGGACCCGAUUAGAAAGGGGGGGAAGAAGAGGUCAAAGGCGGUCCAGGUAGAAUCAGCUCUGAAGGCGGUCAAAGAUGAGAAUGUGCGUGCUCAGAGUCCAUUGGGUGAAGUGAUGGAGCCGUUAAGAUUAAAGCAGGACGAUGUUUCUGACGUCGAUGAGGAGAAUAAUGUGAGAGAAGGGGAAUUCGACGGUGGCACCGAAGAUAAGAUGUUAAGCUCUUCCGGACAUCCCCGCAUGCUUUUCCUCCUCUCCUCCUUGUCGUCUCUGGUCCUUUACCUGCGCCGCCUUCAGCACUCGGCCUUCCUGUCUCUGUCACGGCAGCUUCAGUCCCCUGAAGCCUGGAGACUGCUGUGCCACUCCAGCUUGUCCCUGCUCAUACUAUACAACCGACGACGCGAAUGUGAGGUUUCCAAACUCUUAAUCUCGGAGUACCACGCUCGUGUCACCCCUCAGUGUCCCGUCCCAGUCCCACCUGGCGCUCCUCCUGCUCUCACCCCCCUGGAGGCUACUUUGUCCCCCUUUGAGCGCCUGGUGCUGACCCAUCUGCCCAGAGUAGGGGUGCAAGGAAAGCGCGGAAGAAUCCAGCCUCUUAUUCUGCCCCCUCAUAGUGAGCACUGUCUGGAGCUGCUCUUACAGACUAGACAAGGGGUAGGCGUGGACCCAGCUAACCCGUAUAUGUUUGCCCGGCCGUACCACUCGCCGGCCACCCCCCUCCGAGGCACAGAUCUGCUCCGUAGCUUGGCCCGCUCCUGUGGCAUCCAUAACCCGCGGGUACUGACCCAGACUCGGGUGCGGAGGCAGGUAGGCAUCCUCACCCAGCUCCUACUCCUGGGAGAGGGGGAGGAGCCAGGGCAGGAGGGGGGCGGAGCUGUGGAGAGGUUGGAGCAUUUCCUGGAGAGAGAGUACCACGUGAUGCAGAGCUGCGCCGACAUUGGUCAAGACGCGGUGCUGAUGGGCAGAGUGGGGCGUGUGGUGCUUUGUGGAGAAAGAGACGGAGUUCUGUUCAGAGGGAUGAGUCUGAACCACAUCUGUCUGGAGCUAGAUGUAAUGUCCGAGAACUCUGCCGACUCGUAUUCAGAUGGAGAGUCAGACGGAGAGACAGUGAAGGAGAAAAGUGAGACUUCAGGUGCAGGUCCAUUACAGACCCAGGCCUCUGCUCUGCAUAAUGUGAAGAAGUUCAAGAAGCACGGACACACCAAAAAACAAAAGAACGCACUUUCACCAUCUGCUUCGCUUUACCCUCUUUCACCUACCAGUCGCAAGGGUACAGGAAAGCGCGGGGUCCUAAAGCGUCCCUGGUCUGAGGCGGAGAGAGCAGCGGUGGAAGAGUAUCUGAAUCAAAGUAUCAGUGAGCUACGAGUUCCUGCCAAAGCCGACUGUGAGCGCUGCCUACAGAACAGUCCACUGCUGGUCAACAACCACCGAGAUUGGAGAGCCGUGAAGUUCUACUGCCACAACCGCAUCCAGCUGUUAAAGAAGAUCCAGAGACGAGCGAGCCAGCCCCUGUCCCUGUCUGUGUGCCGAAGAGAGGCCACACUGGCAGAAGAUACUUUGCAGUAACGUCAUGCUUGGGGUGUCCUAUGUGGGAGUUACCAUGGUGACAAAAUGCACACAUUAGCAAAAACGGUCAAAAAGUUUUAAGAUAGUCUGAAAACUGGAUUUAAACUGCACAUUUUCAGGAGACUAUGAUCAAUAUGAGCGUUCAUGGUCCUGUUUAGGUUUCGAGACUAACUAAGAAAAAAACCCUGAUAUUUAAUGUUAGUUAACUUGGGACUGUAAUGUUAUCUGAGAGACUUGCACAAAUCAGCUCAUCUGUUGUAGUUCCAGCUAAGUCCACUCUUUUUGGUCAGAUGGUGUUAAAACAAACCUCAGACUACAGUCUAUCUUGAGUAACUGCGCUUCAAACAGAGCAGUGCCUACAGUUAGCAUCACACCGGGAAAAGACAAAAGCAUGUUUUGUACUCAAAAUGCUCAGUAUAAAAUGUUUUGGUCUAUUGUCUUAUGUGGGUGAAGUCACAUCUAAUCUUUUUCAUAAUAAAAAGAGUAUUUGCUCAUUAUUUGGAGUGAAGGUGCUUGUGUAUGUUUGUCAUGUUUAAUGAAAGUAUAACUGUGUUUUAUUUAAACUCACGUACACUAGUGUCUGUUACACAUGUGCAGCCUACAUUACUGUUCUGAUAGACAAUAGACUGUAUUUGUUUCCAUUUCUAUACAGAUGUAAAUAGUGCUUCAGAGAAAAGACUGAGAUGACUUUGUUGUUAUGUAUUCUUUUUGUAAAUAUUAUUAUAAAAAACUUAAGCAUA